AUGGCCAUGGAGCCGCGCAGGCCGCGGGUCGGCCAGCGCCUUUGCCUGCUGGCGGCAGCGGUGGUCGGGUGCAUCUACCCCUGGCAGGAUGCGGCCUUUGCGAAUGGAAGCCCCGCCGAGCCGCUGAGGAGCAUUGCUCGAGACGACUCGCUGGUUGCCAUGCAGGGGGGUAGCCGCCGGCAGAACAAGUACAACAAGCCGAAGAAGUGUCAUCCGAAGCUGCAAGAGCAACGGUACAAGAAGUGGGCCACUGACAUCCCAGCCUGGGCCACCAUGCUCUUCUUCUGCCCGGAAGCCAACUUGGAGGAUUGGUCCCACACGCUGAAGCUGAACUUCCCCGAGGGCGAGGACGACGUGAUCUCGGAGGAGGAAGUUAUGGAGUACUUCACCACAGAUGAGUACAAGCCGGAGGCGGUGAUCGUAGGCCAUCAGAUGCCCCAUGAGGAGGUGAAGCACACCUACGUGCACUUCAGCUGCAACACCGAUGCCAAAAAGGCCCGCAAGGAAAAGGACGGCGGGUCCAUCGGCAAGGCCUCGGAGGUGAAGCUGGUGUACACGGACGAGAAGAAGUGGAUCCGCCUGCGGGACGGUGUGAGCCUGGCAGGAGGCUUCUGGGGCCCCCGCGCGCGCUGGAUGAAGGCCUACGGCUCGGACGUGUACAAGGGCUACAACGCCAAGGAGAAAGCGCUGCCCACCGGCGUGAGAAACCAUUGGUACUACCCGGAGGAUUAG